GGAAGAUACGUUUUGGAGGGAGAUUAUAGGUUUCAGAGUGACCGUUAACGUAUUUUGAUAAUAGAAGGUGAUCUAUGUUCGUCCAAAGGUCUCGUCGAAAUUUAGGAUUACCCGGUUAAAAUAUUUUGCGUCCUUUUUAUUUUAAUAACUAAUUUUAGUCAGAAUUGCUUGAAAUAAAAUGGAGGACUCUCAACCGCUGAGAAGAUCUACUAGAAACAGUGUCGUUUUGAAAAAUGAGGAACUUACUCCCAAGAAAAGAAAAGUCUCCACUCCUGUUAAAGUUGAGCCUAGUACUCCUAGUAGGAGAACAAGAGCUUCGUCAGCUACACCGAAAAAAAACUUGAUCGAAGUCUUGAACACCCCUAAGAAGACUCUUCCUGUUGUAAAUGAAGAAGAAAAUCCUUCCACUAGUACUCGUACUCCUGUUAAAAAAAGUAAAGAAAUUAGUCCGAAAACACCCAGUAGAAGAAGAUUAGUAAGAGAGAGUGUAUCUACUCCUAAAAGUACAAAGAAAUCCGUUGAGACAACAGAAGAAAUAAAUGUAACUGCUAACCGACCAUUAACUAGGGCUAAAAGGAAAACUAUGGGUGGAGUUCAGAUUGCAGAAGUUACCAACAUAUCGGAAUCAGAAAAUGUUAUUCGAAAUAAAAAAGACAAAUCAGAAUCAGUUAAGAGUAUUAAAAAUAAAAAAGAUAAAACAACUGCUGCUAAUAUUGAUGAUAACACUAUUAACUCAUCUGACGGUAAAUCUAAUAACAAAGAUGAUGAAAGCAGCUCUGCUGUGGUUCCAAGAGUUGUCCUUUCAGACAUUAAGAAGCAACCGUUAAAAAAAGCAAAUAAUACUGAAAAAGGAGAAGAUAUUGAAUGUGGCACAUUCACUUCUAAAAGUCCUGUAAAAGCUGAAGAUGUGGCCAUAAACAGUCCGAGGAAGGUUCCAGAUAAUUGUAAAAGUAACACAGAAGCCUCAUUAAAGAGUGAUUCAGAAUAUAUCAAGUUACGUACUCAAGAAAUUGCAAUGGAUCCUGCAAAUCUUAUUAGUUCUGUAGGAAACACUGAUUUGAAUUCUAUAGGAAACACAGAGAUAAGCUCUGUUGAACAGAUGAAUUCUAAUAGUUCUAUUAAUACCAACUCUGUUCCGGAUAUUACUGUUACGUCUCCGCAAAAAGUCAUUGCUUUGAAAGAUAAUAACAUUCUUUCCACUUCUCCACAAAAAGUCAAUGAUAUUCAAAAUAUCGUUACCACUUCUCCACAAAAAACCAUCGAUUCAAAAGAUAACGAUGUUCAUAGUAUUGUUACUACUUUUACACAAACACAAGAAGUCAUUGAUUCAAAAGAUAACAAUGUUAAAAAUAUUGUUACAGAUUCUCCACAGAAAGUCAUCGAUUCAAAAAAAUUUGAGGUUCCAAAUAUUGUUGUCACAUGUCCAUCUCCAAAAAAGGUUCCAGAUUCAAAAGAUAUUGAUAUUCCAAACAUUGUUAUCACAUCUCCAUCACCACAAAAAGCCACUGAUUCAAAAGAUAACAAAAAUGGUCCCGAUAGCUCUUCAAUCUCUGAAAAAAACACAAGCCCAAGUAAAGAUAAAACAAAUUCUUCCAUCAUUGUUUCUGCUGUCGAAGAAAAAGAUAUAAAUAAACCAUUGAAUGCAGAGACCAUAAAAUCUGUUGAUGUAAUUACUGAAAUUUCGGAUGAACCAGAUGAGGAAAAGUCGAUAAAACUCGAAAACGAACCAAGUUCUUCAGAAAAAAAUAAUGAAAAUAGUAAAUUUAGCAUAGAACAAGAAAUUAAAGUUUCUGAAAACCCUCAAAUUAAGAAUAAUGAGAAAUUCAGCAUUGAAGGAAUGGACGAAAACAGCAAACAAAUUAUCCAAGGUGAUGUAGGCAAUGGAAGUCCAGCUAGACCUGAUUUUCAGAAUAACGAUAAAAAUGAAAUCAAAUUGAUCUCACCUGCUGGUGGCAAGGCAAUCCCAGGAGGUGUAGGUGAUUGUCCUGAAAAAGUUGAUCCUCUUGAAAAUGGAACUUGUGUCAGUACAGAUGAUGUCAAUGAAGAAAAUUCAGUUGAGACCGUCAUGCAAGUCUCAUCCGUUGAAAUCAUGGAUACAGAUGCAGAAAAGACUGACAUUGAAAAUAAGGACAGUAAUGAAUUAAAUAAAACUUUUGACAAAGUCGAACCAAAUAAACAGAUUUCUGAUAGUGAUGAAUGCAUUGUUGCAAAAAAUGGCUGUGCCAGCAAAUCAGCUGAAUCAGUUUCCCAAGUUUUAAUAGAUAAGAAUAAUGUGUCCAGUAUUGUUACUGAUGUAAAUGAAGCCGUUACGAAAGGCGAUGUGGCUUCGAUUGAGAAUGAAAAUGACAGGGAAGCAAACAAACUAAAAUCGAUUAACUCUGUAGAUGAGACAUUCAAAAUGGAUUCAUCAUCUCUUACUGAAAGCAGUGUUGAACAUAAAACUGAGAAAGUUGAUGCAAGUAGUGUCGUAAAAGAACCAGUGAUGAAUGCGGAAAUAACUUCUGUCGAAAAUGAAGAAAGUGAAAAAGAUGAGAAAUUGAUUGCUGAUGAGACAAACACCUCCAGUCCUAAUAACACAGCGUGCUUGAACAAAGUUAUUAGUAAUGAGCUUAUCUCUACCGAGGGGAGUCCAUCUAAAGAUAAAGAUAAAAAGGAAAGUGAAUUGGAUCCAGAAGGGGAAGAAAUUGAUGUGGUUAAUUGCAGUAGAGAAGAAAUUAAUGAAUCGAUAAAAGAUGCUGUAUUGGAAUCUGUUAGACCUGAGUCUUCUCCAGAUUCAGUUAAAAAUGAAAUAGCUGCUGAACAGAACGCUGAAAUUGAUGGAUUCGGAAUAGUUGGUCGGCCAUGCCAUAUCGAGAGUUGUGAUUCAUCUAGUCCCGUAUUCUAUAUGAAGUGUGAUUGCGACACAUCUGAUGAUUCCGGAGAUUCAGGGAUACAGAAUGAAGACAAUGUAAUAAUAUUCAAAAUGUCUUCUCAAUGCAAAAAACAUAUUACAGUUGAAGAAAAUCCACUAGCAGACAUGCCAGAACAAGGCCCUGCUUUAAUAAACCAAAAUCUUGAUCUUAAUGGUUCCAUGGAGCUCCUUCCUCAAGAAGGUGAAGCAGCAAAUCAGAAUAGCAGCAAAUCGGAAAGCGAUUCAUCUGAUAUAGUAGUUAUACUUAGAAAUUUUGAUGAAAAACCUGAAAAAUCUCAUGAAAAUCUUUCUCCUGGAAAAUCUGAAGGAAAAGCUGAUGAAAAACUUUCUCCUGGAAAAUUGGAUGUAAAAAUUUCUACUAAAAAAUCUGACCUAAGCUCAGGUUCUAAUGUUCCUUCAUCUGUUGAAGAUAAGACAGAAACAAUAGCUGAAAACUUUUCCGAGAGUUUGGAAUUAAGUGGAGGUCAUAAAAUUACUGGAUUAGAUGAAAUUCUUAUGUCUCCUAAAGACUUUCUUAACUCCGAUGAAGAAAGUAAUUUGGAUUGUGAAAAAGAUUCGCAAUCUGAAAAUGGGAAAGAAUCUUCCAGUAAAAAGAAACCUUCAGAAAAGUCAUAUAAGGAGAAAGACAGUAUUAGUUCGAAUACCACCCCAACUAAUGACCAUAGCUCCGAAUGUAGUACGACUAAGGUUGAUGAAAAACAAGAUGGUUGUAAUGUGAAUGAUAAAUCAGCUGUUGGUGUAGUUGAGACUGUUGAGAAUGUUAGUAAAGCUAUUCUUUGCGAUAGUAAAAGUGAAAUCAGUUCACUCGAUUCCGAAAAAACUGUUGAAAUUAAAGAUAUUUGUGUAGAUCAAGAAAAGAAAGAAAUCUCCUCGCAAAAAUAUUCUGAGGAGAAAAAUAAGCAAAGCAAAAGCUCUUCAAGUAAUUCAUCUGAAGAUAAUCAAAUUAGUGAAAAUAAAAUAAAAUCUCCUAGCAGGGAUGAUAUUUUAGAAAAAACAAAUUCCUUACAGUCUAGUAAUUCUAUUGAAGAGAAUGAAAGUGAAACGAAUCUUCUAGAUAAUGUUAUCAGUUCUCAAACUAUUGGCUCACCUAAAGUAGAAGUGGAAAAAUCUUUUGAAGAUGAAAAAUCGACAAAUGAAUCUGAAUCAAAUCUUGAGGAUUCUGUCAAAAUGUCGGAGUGGAGUGAAGCAGAUGAUAAAAAAGAUAUAGGAACCGAUCCUGCAUGUGUCAAGAAAAAUACUAAAAAUAUUAAGAAUCGGAGGAAAAAUGUCAAAACGUUGGAUUCUGAAACUGAAAGUUCUGAAACUGAAAGUUCUGAAUCUGAAAGUUCUGAAACUGAAAGUUCUGAAUAUGAUGACGAUUCUGAUCUGAGUAACAGUCCGCCAUCCAAUGUUGCCACUGUAGGCAGCAGCGAUGGCCCAUUAACUGGAAAGGACUUCAUUGAUUUCGAAGCCGAGGAAGGAGAGGAAACUUCGGAAGACGAUUCUUUCAUAGCACCAUCUGGAGAGAGCUCUGCAUCAGGUUCGCCUACUUUUGCUAUGAAGCUAAGGAAAAGAAAAAGAAUUUUGGAUAAUGAAAGUUCUGACAGCUGCAGUUAUUUAGAGUCUGUACAGAGGUUAUUCGAUAGCUCCAAAGAGAUAUUGAAAGAUGAAAUGCAACAAGAUUGCCCUGUUCUAGAUAAAAAACAAAAAUUAGAAAAAGUCAGAACUGUUAAUAAAAAAAACAAAAGACCUAAAUCGAUCUUGAAAAAUAAACGUACAAUUGUCGAAUCUGAAGGAAAUAGAAAUAAAAUUAAGACUGAAAAUAAAGUUACUAAAGAAUUUUCCAAAACAGGCAUAUUUUUCGUUUCUAGUGUCAACCAGCAUUUUGAAGAACCAAAAUUAAACCGGAAUAGUUCUAAAAGAAGUUCAAAAUUACGUAUGGAACAGCAAAACUUAGAGAUUAGCGAAGAUGACCGUGUUCCAAAGAGUGAUGUUGAUGAGAACAUGGUGGAUGAUGCCGCUCACAGAGGUUUUGUUGUUUCAUACGAUGAUUCUUAUCUUGUUAGUAAGAAGCCUAAAAAAGCAGCCAUUAGUUCGGAAUUAGUCAACAAGAAGAAAAAGAUAAAAGAGGGCAAAAACAAUAAGAAGGCUGUCAAAAAAUCUACCAAUUCUGAGUCAAAAGGAGGAAAUAAAAACGAAACAGUUUCUCCGUUUGUAGUAACUCUCAUAUUACCUUAUAGUAUGACUGUUCGCUCUAUUUCUUGCGUUCUGACAGAUCUGGGGUUGAGCAGUAUUUCUUCUAUUACUUUUCCCAGGCCUAAAGUUGCCAUUGUAGAGUUUUCCGAUAAAAAAUCUCAUGAGAAAAUACUAAAACUGUAUGGAGAAUUAAAAAUCAACAACAAGCCUAUUUAUAUCCUUGAAGGUUGUUCUCUUGUAUAAUUUUCUAGUCCUGAGAUGAAUGAGUUCCUUAUGGUAUCAAAAUGUGAUUAUAUCAGCUGUAUCGAGGAUAUUAUUAAAUAUUGUUAUUUUAUUGCAUCCAAUUAAGAUAAGUGACCUGUUGUCAGUUUAUGAAGAUUUAUAAAAACAAAAAUGUAUUGUCAUUUUUCUUCAAAGUUUUUAUAUAUUGUUGAAUUUGUUGUUAUUUUUAUAUUGGACUUCAAGAGUGCCUUUGAUUGAUUUCUUUGUUAGUUUUUUAUUGACCUUUGCAAGCGUCAUUGAUCUUGUUAAUUUUGUAUGGAACAUUGAAUGUAUCAUAUUUAAUAAGGAAUGCAAACAUUUUUCAAUACAGAUUUAUUUUUUAAUUUUUUGAAAUUUUUAUUUUAUUUCCUAAUAUGAUAUACCAGCUUUAAUGCUUUAGGUUAUUUAAUUAUAGGUAUUGGACUUCGAAGUUCUUUAGAAAAAUUUAAUAUACAUGGGGAAAUUAAAAUUUUAGUGGAAAGAUUUCCAGAGCG